AUGCCUGUCAUCUCGCGUCUGGUCUCGAUUGUCUUCCGCGUGGCGCAAAUCGUCUUUGGCGCUGUCGUCGCGGGCAUCAUCGGUCAUUACCUCGCUCAGUUCCACCAUCUCGAGGCCUGGCCUCAGGCCCGAUGGAUCUACACCGAAGCCGUGGCGGGUGUAUCCAUCCUCCUAGGCCUGAUCUGGUUGAUUCCGUUCUCUUCAAGCUUCUUUUCCUGGCCGUUUGAUGUCAUCAUCUCCCUCGCCUGGUUCGCCGCCUUCGGUAUCCUCGUCGAUGCUAUCCACAAGUUCAACUGCGGUGGUGUCUGGCACUGGACUGGUCUUACGGAGAACUCUGAGUGUGGCCGAUGGAAGGCCGCCGAGGCUUUCAGCUUCUUGUCUGCCUGUGUCUGGCUCGUUUCUGCUAUCAUUGGUGUCUGGUUCACCUUCCGCUCCAAGGACUCUUCUGGUGGACGUCGCUGGGGCCAUUCAAGCUCGAGAUCUUCCUCGUUUGAAAAGACCCCUCGAGGAGACCAGGACUAUGCGUUGGAGAUCCUGGACCCCGAUGAUGACUCUGGCAGCAGCCAGUUCGUGACGGUCCCCCGUGGCAGCGCCGACUCCGCCAGACACGAGCAGGAAUAUAGCAGCGAACCUCUGCUGCCCACGUCUGUCCCGCAUCCUCAGCCCGAGCAUAAAAGAGCAGAUCGCUUCUCUUGUACUAUCCCGGGGAUUAUUGCGUGGAUCAAGGGGCCAUUGCCGCCUCACAAGUACCACAUAACCCCGUUACUCCGUCGCUGGCAAACUGCCCCAGAGCGUCUAAUCGAGAGACGCUUCCCCAGCAAAAGAUUCAAAAUAUGCCUUCUUUUGGCUUCUUUGGUCCUCUGGGGGAUUGUGUUUAUCUCGGUUUUGCAUUCUUCUGUCUCUAGCCAGGUAGUCCCAGGAUUUGGAAAGCCGGUCAAGCUUUCAUGUCAAAGUAGACUCUGGGAUGAUUCUUCUGAAUGUGGACUCAAUGGAGAUGCUUGCCGUCCGUUUGACAAGGAAGCAUUCGCCUUUAGUUGUCCUGCGGGCUGCUCGGCAGCCAUGGUUCUGGAGCCAUAUACCGUGGGCCCCCAGGAAGUCAAUUACCGGAAUCUGGUUGUCGGAGGUGAUUCUGGUAUCUAUCGCGGUGAUUCUUUUAUUUGUCCUGCAGCAUUGCAUGCUGGAGUCAUCGCUGACCAAAAAGGCGGCUGCGGUAUCCUCCGUCGUACGGGCGAGAAGAGCAAAUUUGCUUCCGUUGAUAAGAAUGGGAUCUCUAGCAUUGAUUAUCCGUCCAAUUUCCCGCUCAGUUUCACCUUUGGUGGAGGUCAAUCAGAUGAACAGGACAUCCAGUGCAGUCAGGAUCUCCGAUGGCCCUUGUUCGCCCUUGCAGUGGCUGUGACGACAAUGUUAUCCCUUUCCAUCGCCUCCCCCGCAGCAUUCUACGCCUCCAUCUUCUUCAUCUCCUAUUUCCAAGUUGCUCUAUCUUCUGACCCCCCAGAGAACCCGGAUUAUUAUGAAGUCGUCUCUACGGGACUGGGCCGAUUUCUUCCCACCGCAUUUGUCGGGUUCGCCAUAUAUUAUUUCUGUGUUAGGCAUACACUAAAGGACCUCGAUGCCCACUGGGACAAGACGGUUUUGUGGCUUGGUCCCUUCUGGGUUGGGGCUUUAAACACAGACACAUUCGACAAAAUCCCAAUCUCGCGUCUCACUCCACAUGAUAUUCAACAGCAGCCAGGCGCCAUCCCCGCCCUGAUAAUCAUCGUCAGUCUCCUCGUUCUCAUCGUGAUCACCCAAGCCCUCGCGUUCAGAAAUGAAGGUCGACUGCCCAAAAUGCUGGCUAUCUAUGGAACCAUGGUUGGUGGUAUUGUGGCCCUGGUUCUCGUACCAAACAUGAACUUGCGAAUCCACCAUUAUAUCCUUGCCCUCCUCUUUCUACCCGGGACAACGAUGCAAACCAGACCUUGUUUGCUUUAUCAAGGCCUUUUGGUUGGCCUGUUCGUCAAUGGUAUCGCACGAUGGGGCUAUGAUAGCAUCCUCCAAACCCCAGGUUCCCUGCUCAAUGGUGCUCAACUGGGAAGUGCCCUCCCGGAAAUCGCAGCUCCUCUCAUUCCCUCCAGCCAGGAUAUUAUCUUUUCAUUCCCCGAUAUAGAAGAAGCUGCCGGUAUCAGUGUGCUUGUUAAUGAUGUUGAGCGCUUCCGCUCCUUCACAUCGGACGAUGGUACAGUUGAUACAUUCAACUGGACUCGUCAUAAAGAGGAUGAUCCUGAGUAUUUCCGUUUUGCAUAUAUUCAGUUGAACGCGCUGGGUGGGUUUUGGUAUGAAGAUUUCUCCCCGCCGGUUACUUGGGAUGUAAAUGGAGGUUGGAACCAGACAAAAUCUGGUUGA